UCCUCUAGCAGUUUCCCCUGCCCAGCGGCACUGCUGCAGAACAGUAGAAAUAUUCUUUCCUUCUUCCUUCCAUUUUCAUCCUUCUGCUUCUUCUUCUUCCUCACCCACCGCCUUCAUCCCCUCCCUCUGUUCAGUUCCGUCCAUGGCUGCUUUUCGCCUUCAAACGAAAAAGACAACGAAGAGACCAGAAAGAAAACAUUUUUAAGUAAAAAAAACAAAGGGCAAAAAAAAGCCAGGAACCCCAACAUUCCCUCCUUCCUCUGUUUCCCUCUCUGUGUGUCUUCCCAUUCCCAACCCCCACGCUUCUCCUUCCUCUUCCCUUCUUCUUUCCUCCUGCUCUCUGCUCUUUCCUUCCUUUCUUCCUGCUCGAAAUGGCGACCCUUCAGGACAUAACUGUCUCGGCCUUCAUCAACAUCCUCAUCGCCUUCGCCUUCCUCCUCGCCUUCGCCCUCCUCAGGAUUCAGCCCAUCAACGACAGAGUCUACUUCUCCAAAUGGUACAUCACCGGUUCAAGAACCAGCCCCCGGCGGUCGGGCAACUUCGUGGGCAAGUUCGUCAACCUCAACCUGAGGACCUACCUCACCUUCCUCAACUGGAUGCCCCAGGCCAUGAGGAUAAGCGAAGCUGAGAUUAUUGACCACGCCGGCCUCGACUCUGCUGCCUUCCUCAGGAUUUACGUUCUUGGCUUGAAGAUUUUUGUGCCAAUUACAGUUAUUGCACUUCUUGUUCUUCUUCCAGUCAAUCUGUCUAAUGGAAUGCUAUCAUUUCUGAAGAGAGAUUUGGUUACGAGUGACAUUGAUAAGCUGUCAAUAUCAAACGUCCGUCCUAAAUCGCUAAGGUUUUUUGUCCACAUUGGAUUGGAAUACUUGUUCACCAUAUGGACAUGUUUCAUGCUUUACAAGGAGUACGACUACAUAGCAUCAAUGAGGCUGAAGUUCUUGGCUUCACAAAGCAGGCGAGCUGAACAGUUCACUGUAGUCGUUCAGAAUGUUCCUCGUCCUCCAGGAAAGUCAAUAUCAGACGCUGUAGACCAGUUCUUUCGAACUAAUCACCCUGAUCACUAUCUUUGCCACCAGGCAGUUUACAAUGCAAACAAGUUUGCCAAACUUUCGAAGAAAAGAGACCGGCUCCAGAAUUGGCUAGACUACUAUCAACUUAAGUUCGAAAGGAAUCCCAAUAAGCGACCCACCACUAAGAAAGGUUUCUGGGGGCUAUGGGGUGAGCGAGUUGAUUCAAUUGAGCACUACAAGCAACAGAUCAAGGAUCUUGAGAAAACAAUGGCCUUAGAGCGUCAGACGAUAAUCAAAGAUCCAAAAUCUGUUCUACCUGUUGCUUUCGUAUCCUUCGAUUCGCGAUGGGGUGCUGCUGUUUGUGCGCAGACACAGCAAAGCAGGAACCCCACCAAGUGGUUGACAUGCUGGGCACCAGAGCCUCGAGAUGUAUAUUGGAAGAACUUAUCCAUCCCAUUCAUCUCACUGACUAUUCGGAGACUUGUGAUAUCGCUGCUAGUUUUUGCACUGGUGUUCUUUUACAUGAUACCCAUUGCUUUUGUUCAGUCUCUCGCAAAUCUUGAUGGCCUCGUGAGGGUCGCUCCUUUCCUCAGGCCGGUGAUUGAAACGGAAUUCGUCAAAUCAUUUCUACAGGGUUACCUACCUGGAUUAGCUCUUAAGAUAUUCUUGCUCGUCCUUCCAGCAAUUCUAAUGUUUAUGUCGAAAAUGGAGGGAUAUAUCUCUCUCUCAAUGUUGGAACGAAGAACGGCUGCAAAGUACUAUUUCUUCAUGUUGGUGAAUGUUUUCUUGGGAAGCAUAGUAACUGGAACGGCUUUUGAGCAGCUGCAUGCAUUCUUGCACCAAGCGCCUACACAGAUCCCGAGAACGAUUGGUGUUUCGAUACCCAUGAAGGCCACAUUCUUCAUCACUUAUAUAAUGGUCGAUGGUUGGGCUGGGAUUGCGAGUGAGAUACUCCGGUUAAAACCAUUAAUCAUAUUUCAUCUCAAGAACAUGUUUUUGGUCAAGACUCAGAGGGACAGGGAGCUGGCAAUGAAUCCUCCGAGAGUGGAUUUCCCUGAAACUAUCCCAAGCCUUCAGCUCUACUUUCUUCUGGGGCUUGUAUACGCCGUGGUGACCCCGAUUCUUCUGCCGUUCAUUGUGGUCUUCUUUGCUUUCGCAUACUUGGUGUACCGUCAUCAGGUCAUCAAUGUUUACAAUCAAAGGUACGAGAGUGGGGCAGCUUUCUGGCCCCAUGUACACAGCCGCAUUAUUGCAAGCUUGUUAAUAUCUCAGUUACUUCUGUUCGGUCUGCUCAGUACAAAAAAGGCAGCCAAUUCUACUCCUUUCCUCAUUGCGUUGCCCAUAUUGACCUUGUCAUUCCACAAGUACUGCAAGCACCGGUUCGAACCUGCAUUUUGGAAGUUCCCUCUGGAGGAAGCAAUGGCCAAGGAUAUUGCCGAUCACACAGCCGAGCCUGAUCUGAACCUGAGAGCAUACUUAGCAGAUGCAUACUUGCACCCGAUCUUCCGAUCCUUCGAGGUCGAUGAAGAAGAAGAGUUGGUUGAAGUUCGAGUAAACAAACACCAGACUCAUGUCCCAGGUCCCACUUCAACGUCUGGUAAUGUUUGCUACUACGAUCCCGAGCACCCGCAACAUUACACUUAUCAGCGUGAGGCCGAGCCCUGAGAAAACAGGUUCUCAAGCUGCUUAGGACUAAUUUCCUAGAAAGCCUGAUGCCAAGUGACGAUGAUCGGUUAUUCCGAGCGUGUGCUGGGGAUAACUGCUGGUAGUAGGAUGGAUUGUCUAGUGAGAGAAUGACCCUAUUUUCGUAUUGGGUUCCAUAAUUUGUAAAUGCCGAUGAUUGUAAUUAUCUGGCUGAGUUGAUGGAUAAAUUGAGUUUCCAUCAGUUUCUAGUAUUAACGUAGGUUAAGCUUAAUCAAGAUUACAAAUCAUUGAGCAGAGUACUCAUUGCACUGAAUUUUACUUGCAAUACUUAUCAAAAGGAGUUUUCCUUGUCAAAAUGAAUAUUUUAUAUCUUCAA